CUGUGAUGUUGAGGAUUUACCGAUAUUUCCCUUUUCUGAGGUCAGUAUCAUUCUAUAUGACCACUUAGCAAUAUAUGAAUGCAAAGAAGGUGCUGUAAGACUGCAUGAUCAAAAGAACACAACUACAUGUAUUAACGGUUCCUGGACACCGUUGUCAGACCCCUGUCAUGUUAUGUGUGCCAAUCCAGUAGUUCCGGAUGGAAUAAAAUUAAGUGGAUUUAGAGAUUCCUAUACCUAUGGCAGCAGUAUUACAUUUGAAUGUAAAAUUGGAUACUUCUUAAUCGGCAGUUAUUUUAUUCGCUGUGAGGAGAACAGUUCUUGGGUCCCUGAAGUGCCAUCCUGCAAAAAGAUUUUUCCGGAAAAUUGUGGUGCUCCAGUAAUGCCCAAAGGGAGUGUGUAUCCAUUGCAAUCUGAAUACAAAAUUGGAGAUAUCAUCACAGUUUACUGCCAUCCAAACCAUGCUUUUUUUGAUGAAACCACAAAGAUGACUGUAAAAUGCAAUGGCUACAAUCAGUGGGAUCCUCCUAUACAACCAUGCUUCUCUAGAACAUCACCAGACACUACUGAACUCUAUAUCCAUAAUGGAAUAAUAAUCAAAGGGGAGAAAGAAUACUACAACAUUGGAGAUGAAGUUACUAUUCAAUGUAAUUUUGGCUAUAUGUUGAUCGGAUCAUCUAAGAUUAAUUACAUCGGUGGGAAAAAAUGGUUGCCUAAUAUUCCAGCUUGUGCUCUGAGUAAGCAUUAUAUUUCUGAAAAUACUGCUAUAAAUGCUAAAUCUCUGACCGGAAAUAGAAAUGCACAGAUUCUAUUUUUUAAGGAGUUUUGCUUUUUAAUCUUACUUUCAGCGGUUAUAUGUCCAAAUCCAGUAGUUCAAGAUGGAAUAGAAUUAAGUGGAUUAAGAGAUUCCUAUAUUUAUGGCAACAGUGUUACACUUGAAUGUAAAACUGGAUACUUCAUGAUUGGAAAUCAUUACAUUCUCUGUGAGAAGAAUGGUACCUGGGUCCCUAAAGUGCCAUCCUGCAAAAAAAUUACUCCACAUAUUUGUGGUGCCCCAGUAGUGCCCAAAGGACAUGUAUAUCCAUUGCUAUCUGAAUACAAACUUGGAGAUGUCAUUGAUGUGUACUGCAAUCAAAACUACUCUUUCAUUGAUGAAACCACAAAGAUGAGUGUGCGAUGCCAAGGCUACAAUCAGUGGUAUCCUUCUAUACAACUGUGUUUGGCUAAAACAUCACCAGAUACUUCUGAACUCUAUAUCCAUAAUGGAAGAAUAACCCAAGGGAUGAAACAAUACUAUACCCCUGGAGAUGAAGUUUCUAUUCAAUGUUAUGCUGGGUAUACUUUGUUUGGGGCAUCUACGAUUAGUUACAUUGGUGGGAAUAAAUGGUCACCUAGUAUUCCAGUUUGUAAACUGAGUAUUUUCCUUAGACUGCUUAUAGUUGCAUGCAUAAUCCCUGUAGUGCUUGUGGCAAGUGAAAUGGUUCAUAGGAAAUGUUGUUCACAACAAAGCAUCAUUCCAGGAGAGAGAGAGCGCAAGAGAGAGCAAGAGAGAGCAGCAACCAAAGAAAGUAUUUUGUUGCCAGAGACCUUGGAAGAGUCAAUGGCAAAAUUUGAGCUAGAAUACCAGAAAGAAAAUGGAAGGCAGCAGGAGAAGCUAGUAAGUUUUACCCAAUCCAACAGUGAGCUUCCCAUUAAUACAACCAAGGAAACAGCAGCUGAAGCAAACCCAACAUCAUCUCUGCUAAAUAAGCACAUAUGGAGGUAUGACAGUUCACUAAUUACAAUGUUCCUCAAACCUACACCUGUAAGUUACACAGUUACAGGUGUCUUCUGUGCAACUCCUCCAAACAUUCAACAUGGAUCUCACAAUGGGACUGAAGCCUCUUUUUAUGCUCUUGGAAUAGUGAUAACAUACACUUGCAAUUAUAAUUUCUCUCUUAUUGGAGCACACUCUAUUUCCUGUGGCAUGGAUGGUGAUACUAAAGGAGUGUGGAAGGGAAAAACCCCUAAAUGCAAAGUGGUGAAAUGUGAAGAUCCAGUAGUUGAACAUGGAUUAAUAUUAAGGGGAUUUCGACAUUCGUAUACAUAUGGCAACACUAUUACAUUUGAAUGCAAAACUGGAUACUUUCUGAUGGGAAAUUAUUUGAUUAGAUGUGAAGCGAACAGUAGCUGGUAUCCUGCGCUGCCAUCAUGUAAAAAAAUUGAUGCAGAAUCAUGCGGUGCCCCAUUAAUUCCAAGUGGGACUGUGCAUCCAUUGCGACAUCAGUAUCAGAGUGGAACAAUUGUUGUUGUAACCUGUAAUAAGCAGUAUUCUUUUCCUGAUGAAACCAUGGAGAUGAAAGUAGCAUGCCAAGGCUACAAUUCCUGGCAUCCUCCUGUGCAAGCAUGUUUCUUUAGAACUUCACCAGACAUUUAUUACCUGUCUAUCCGUAAUGCAAAAAUAAUCCGGGGGAAGAAAAGCAGCUAUGAGCCUGGAGAUACAGUUACUAUUCGAUGUUCUGCUGGCUAUACAUUAGCAGGGCCAUCUGAGAUUCGCUACAUUGGUGGGAAGCAAUGGUCACCUAAACUUCCAUCUUGUUAUCUGAGUUUUGUCUUCGUACUGCUUAUAGCUGCAUGUUUGCUUAUUUUCUUAUGGCUGCCAGCCCAAUCAGUUUACGCGACCUUGUGUUCCGAAUAAAGCUAUUCUAAAACGACUGCUAAGAUGAUACACCAAGUAUACUAGAAUAUCAAAGAUGCUUAAGCUCUCCUGAAUCUUCAUGCCUCUUUGGAAAAAGUGACUUGUGUAAUAACAAAUGCUGCUGCAGCAGCACCUUGUGGAAUUCUAUAUGAACUGCUGCAUUCCCCAACAGCCUCUGAGGAUGGAACUAAAUGUUAAAAGAAAUCCAGGUUAUCUCUGAAAAUGCACAUCUGUUCUGACUUUUCUUCUUUCUUCUCAAUGUCUAGUCAUUGCAACUUACCCCAUGCCCUCAUGUCAUUACACCGUGUAUAUGCUCAACUGCACUGUCACUGUUUUCUGCUGUUAGAGAAAUGUAUAGCAUAAAGAUGUUGAACACAUCAUUAUAUUCUAUAGAGCAGAAGAAACCCAAGCCAGGGCUGUAUCCCACUCCCUGCCCCAGAGUCUUUUAAUUCCGCUUUGAGACUACUUCACUGUCAGUCUCUGUUGUCAUGAAAAGGGGUUACCUUGAAUUAAUUAAAAACCUCUUACAAUCCAAUAUAUCCAAAUAUGGUAGUAGUCCUUCUGUUGUAAACAGCAGAAUGUCAUUACUAUCCAUGAUGGUUUUCCAGAGCAACACUCAGAUGCUUUUUUCAAAAUCUCUUUGGAUUUUAGAUGUUCACAAAUGCCAUUCUGGGGUAAGACUUUGUUUGAGAUGCACUUGGUUUACACUGACCACUGCUUUAAAUCUGAAUUGUAUAAAUUGUAUAAAUUUAUGGAAAUAAUUUUGUACUUUUGUGAAUCAAAGUUUUUAGAUUGUAGGAAAUAUCAUGCAUAUGUAUCAAUGUGAUAUGUUAAAUCUCUGCUUUAUAAAUGGUGUGUAGAUAG